AUGGAGUCCACAAACUUGUCUGCCAAUGCCUUGGAUGCCACCAACGCCACCUCGGACCUCAUCCUCAUGGUCACGCUCUUCCGCGAGCCUUCCGGCGCGCGCUACUCGGCCUUCGCGGCCCUCCUCCUCAUCUACACCUUCACGGUGGUGGUCAACGUGAUGCUGGGCCUGGUCAUCUGCCUCGAGUCGAACCUCCACCGGCCCAUGUACGUGCUCAUGGCGCUGCUGGCGCUCACCGACAUCGUGGAGACGACGAACGCUCUGCCGAGGAUCAUGGCCAACCUCGUCUCGAGCAACAACUACAUGUCCAUGCCCGAGUGCAUCGCCCAGAUGUUCUUCUACCACAUAGCCAUCAGGGUGCAGUCGUUCAUCCUCACCACCAUGUCCGUGGACCGCUACGUGGCCAUCGUCCACCCGCUGCGCUACCACUCGAUCAUGUCCAACGCGCUGGUCUUCAAGGUCUUCCUGGCGUCCGUGGCGCUCGCGGCGUUGCCGAUCAUCGGCUACGUGAGUGUGGUGGUGCGCCUCAACUUCUGCCGGGUCAAGGUCACCUACUCGCCCAACUGCGACAUCAUGAUGAUCAGUAACCUGUCGUGCAGCGACCUCUACCCCAACGUCUUCUACACGUACACGAACAUCAUCACGGGCAUCGCCAUGCCGCUGCUGCUCGUCAUGGCCAUGUACGCGCUCAUCUUCGCCGACCUCCGCCGGAGGGGCGGCUCGUCGAAGCAGAGCCACAAGAAGGCGGUGCACACGUGCGUGACGCACCUGUUCAACGUCACCGUCUUCUUCAGCUCCAUCGUGUUCACCUUCAUCAACGGCCUCAACCUCUACACGAUCCCGCGCGACAUUCGCUUCCCACUGCAAAGCCUCCAGUACGUGGUGCCGCCCGCACUCAACCCGGUGGUGUACGGACUCCGCACGGCCGAGAUCCGGCGCGCCUUCGUGAGGCUCGUGACGAGGCGGGUGGCGCCCGCGGUGUCCGCUAAGUGA